AUGGCAUCCAACACUCCCAAAACCAUUCCACUCCUUACUCCAUACAAGAUGGGGAAAUUCAACCUCUCUCACAGGAUAGUUUUAGCACCAUUAACGAGAAACAGAUCUUACAAAAAUAUUCCACAGCCACAUGCAGUUUUGUACUAUUCUCAACGAACAACUGAGGGUGGUCUUCUCAUUACUGAAGCAACUGGGGUGUCUGAUACUGCACAAGGGUACCCAGAAACCCCUGGAAUUUGGACAAAAGAGCAAGUGGAAGCAUGGAAACCAAUUGUUGAUUCUGUUCAUAACAAGGGUGGCAUAUUCUUUUGCCAAAUUUGGCAUAUCCGCCUUCGCAAUCUUGUUACAUGGUUUAAUACAACGCAAGAAGAUGGGGAGCCAAGCUUCGAAGGACCACCUGGACCCAUGAUUGAAAAAAAGUAUAUUGUGAAACAUGGCUUUCAGCCAAAUGGUCAAGCUCCGAUCUCAUGUACUGAUAAGGGAGUCACUCCUGGCUUAUAUGGUGAAGAUUGGUCACCUCCUCGUCGGCUCGGAAUCGAUGAAAUACCUCACAUAAUCAACGAUUUCAAGCUUGCUGCACGUAACGCAAUCGAAGCAGGCUUUCAGCCAAAUGGUCAAGCUCCGAUCUCAUGUACUGAUAAGGGAGUCACUCCUGGCUUAUAUGGUGAAGAUUGGUCACCUCCUCGUCGGCUCGGAAUCGAUGAAAUACCUCACAUAAUCAACGAUUUCAAGCUUGCUGCACGUAACGCAAUCGAAGCAGGCUUUGAUGGAGUUGAGAUCCAUGGAGCAAAUGGCUACUUAAUCGAACAGUUCAUGAAAGAUCAAGUAAACGAUAGAAAGGAUCAAUAUGGAGGAACCCUAGAAAACCGGUGUCGAUUCGCCCUAGAAAUCGUCGAAGCAGUCGCAAAAGAGAUCGGAUCUCAGAGAGUCGGAAUAAGAUUAUCUCCAUUCACAGAUUUCAUGGAGUCUUCUGAUUCAAACCCUGAAGCUCUAGGCCUCUACAUGGCCAAUGCACUCAAUAAAUACAACAUUCUCUAUCUCCAUGUGAUUGGACCGAGGUGGUCGGAGUCUGAAAGUCCUCAGAGUCUUCUUCCUAUGAGGAAAGCUUUUAAGGCUACUUUCGUGGCGUCCGGAGGGUAUGAUAGGAAUGGAGGGAACGAAGCUGUGGCGGAGGAUGAGGCGGACUUGGUGGCGUUUGGGCGGUUGUUCUUGGCCAACCCCGAUUUGCCGCGGCGGUUUGAGCUUGAUGCAGGGUUGAAUAGGUAUGAUAGGAGCACUUUCUACACUCAGGAUCCUGUUGUUGGGUACACUGAUUACCCUUUUCUCGAUGUUCAUGCUUAG